AUGGGAGAGCGUAGUACACCUUUUGGAAGUAGUAACAGUCCUGUGCCACCACCUCCUAAUUCACUAUUGGGUGGCGGGAUUGCACUCGCACACCUCCAGACGCCUUUCCAGCCAUCAAUUUCCGACGAUCCGCCUUUGUUUGUACGUCUGAAUGAAGACGAUAUGUUUAAUCAAAUGCUCAAUGAUCAAGAUUUUGCUGAUUUUCACCAUGGACAUCAUACCACGACCAACAACAACAACAAUAACAACAGCAGCAGCAAUAAUAGCAACAACAAGAGCUUGAAAAAAGAACACGAAGGUGGGGCCAGACCUCAUUUAAGUACAAAUCCAUUGCUCUUGGAGCCAUUAGAAUUACCUCGAGGACAUGAUGAUCAUCACUGUCUAAAGGACACGAUAUAUAACGACUCAACGACCUUUCAACAAUCGUUUCGAAAUGCCGGGGCUCCUACGAGGAGUGGAAUCUUGUCAUCAUCAGCCACAGCAGCAUCAGCAUCAGCCGCUAGUCAUACCAUGAAUGGUUUUGCUGUUGAUAGCAGCAACACUAACAUAAUGUCAGUGUAUCCUCUUGGCUCAAAUGCUCCCGUAUAUUUUGGAACGGGUGAGUAUUCCAACUUUCCACCAACUUCUCCUCACUCGUGGAUACAAGAAGAACACACGCAUAAUGUGUCAACGUCUAGUAAUGUCAAUUACCAGCGAGUACAUACGAUGAAACACAUGAUGACAAUGGCUGGAGUUGGUAUGAUACCUCAACAACCAAGUCCUGGAUCUGUCGACAUGUUUCAUCAUUCCGUGAUGUUAAGCUCUCACCAUCCGUCAUCUCCUGAACUUUGGAUUUCAACGUCAAGAAAUUCUUCACUUGAUGUAUCGAUUUCUGGAGAGCGUAACAUGAUGAAACACUCACUUGAUGGUAUGAAAAUGCCAGUGGAACGUUCUCCAUUAUCCUUGACAAUCUCGCCACCGGCUUCUUUGACUGAUAAAGCAUUGAAGGAACUCAUUGUGUCUGCUGACUUUGGAUCGCCGACGUCGUCUCGACAAAAGCGAGCGCGAACGUAUCAUCGUCAACACGACACGGAGUACUCGAGAGCUAAGACAGCUCGAAUGACGUCGCCUGUUGGUCAGCUGAGUAACAACACACCUAAAGCUACGGACAAAUCUACCAAGGGGAAAAAGUGUGUCGAGAUUGGCUGUACACGACGUGCUCAGUCUAAUAGUCGAUGUAAGGCUCAUGGAGGUGGUGCUAGGUGUCAGUAUGCAGGACCUGGUGGCUGCACCCGGAGUAGUCAAGGUGGUGGCUUUUGUCGAGCUCAUGGAGGUGGUAAACGCUGCGAGUUCCCGGGCUGCACGCGUGGACAACAACGCAAAGGUCGGUGUUAUGUCCAUGGUGGCAUCCGCAAGUGCCAAUACGGCACUUGUGAAAAGAAGGACCGUGGCAACGGCUUUUGUAUCUCACACGGUGGUGGUAAGCGAUGUGAUUAUCCGAAUUGUUCGCGAGCUGUUCGGCGUGGUCUUCACUGUCAAAUUCAUGAAACGCCGCCGGCCACAGAGAAGGAGCGAGGAGAAACGAUAGUGCUGUAA